UGCUGGAUACCUCGGAGCCAGACCUGUAAUGAACUGAGGAGGGAGUGACGCGCAGCAGAUAGCUUAUUCUAGGUUCAGCUGUACGCAGGCAAUGACUAAGUUUCUGCCGUGGGCAAGUUAAGGGGAAGAAAGGAGAUCCCCGUCUUACCGAAGGAAAACUGGCCAGAGAGAAAGGCGUCCGUGCCGAGUAACUUAGCCACUGCAUGCGCUAUGCCCAGUUCAUGGUAGUUCCGGACCUCAGCGUGACGUGCAAUAAAGGAUUUGUUGACUGACUGACUGACAAAGUCAAAGGCACCACUCAAAAUCAAGUACGCCGCGGGUGUGUGCAGGCAAGGUGUGAUUGAGGGCGGAUCGCGGUCCCCGAGGGAGAAGUCGGCUGACUCUUCCCUGGCGGCUGCAGAGCUUGCCCAGCUUGGGGUUCUCAGCCGAGGAGCACCCCUCCCGCUUCAGCUGAAGAGGAAUCUGCGCGGCCACUUCCCGGGCCCCCCUUAGACCUGCUGCCAGUUACUCAUAUCUUGCACUCAGUCACAGCCUGUCCUGGCUCAUUCCUGAAGGGAGUCCAGGGCAAGCCUUCCCUCCACAGCCGACAUGGUGGCCCGAGGCAGCCGGGAUGACAGUUCUCCCCAGGAUCCCUGCCACCUGCUGAGAAACAUGAUCAGCAAGUCCCCUCCUCUGUGUAUGUAUCCUGCAGGCUGGAAGUUCCUGGCCAUGUUGGCUCUGGUCUUGGUGGUCAUGGUAUGGUAUUCCAUCUCCCGAGAGGACAGAUACUUUGAGCUUUCCUUCUCCAGUGCUGUGGGAUCUUUGUGCUCCAGGAAAGAGAAGACGGAGCCAUGCGUCCAGGGCGAGGCAAGAAGGAUUGUCUCUGUAAUCUUCGGCAACCACUCCCAGAGUCACCCCAUCUUCCUGCAGCUUAAGGAUUAUUUCUGGGUCAAGACACCAUCUAUCUAUGAGCUGCCGUUCGGCACCAAGGGGAGUGAAGACCUGCUACUGCGGGUGCUGGCCAUCACCAGCUACUCCAUACCCGAGAGCAUCCAGAGCCUUCAGUGCCGCCGCUGCGUGGUGGUAGGGAAUGGACACCGGCUGCGGAACAGCUCGCUUGGCAGUGCCAUUGACAAGUACGACGUGGUCAUCAGAUUGAACAAUGCCCCGGUGGCUGGCUACGAGAGUGACGUGGGCUCCAAGACCACCAUGCGGCUCUUCUACCCCGAAUCUGCCCACUUCAACCCCAAAGUGGAGAACAACCCAGACACGCUUCUGGUCCUGGUAGCUUUCAAGGCGAUGGACUUCCACUGGAUUGAGACCAUCCUGAGUGACAAGAGGCGGGUGCAGAAAGGCUUCUGGAAGCAUCCUCCCCUCAUCUGGGACGUCAACCCAAAGCAGGUUCGGAUUCUCAACCCCUUCUUCAUGGAGAUCACCGCCAAUAAGCUGCUGAGGCAACCGGUGUAUCAGCUUCGCAAGGUCAAGCAGAAGCCGACCACAGGCCUGUUGGCUAUCACCAUGGCCCUCCACCUCUGCGACCUGGUACACAUCGCUGGCUUCGGUUACCCCAGCACCUUGGAUAAGAAGCAGACCAUUCACUACUACGAGCAGAUCACACUCAAGUCCAUGACGGGGUCAGGCCACAACGUCUCCCAAGAGGCCAUGGCCAUCAAGCGGAUGCUGCAGAUGGGUGUUCUCAAGAACCUUACCUACUUCUGACUUGGCAAACGAACACGUCAGUUGUCUGCCCACUGCAUGGACAACCCUGUCCAUGGCCAUGAGGGUAACUGGUCCAGCACUACCAACUGGACUCACCCUCCCCUGUGUGGCAAAGGGGUUCCAGGACUGGCCCAGCCUAAGAUGAGUCCGCACCCCUGGUUGCUUUCACGGAGCCCUGAGCCAGCCAGGAUACAGGCACCAGGCCACAGGAGCCCAUCUGAGGUAGGGGGUGUUUUGCUGAGGCACCCCCUCUCUGCCAGCACCCAGAGAUUAUUUAAUGGACUAUUUAAUUAUGACAGAGGAGAGUGCUGUGGGCUGGUCCCAUGGCAGUCAGAAGUUUUUAUAACAUGUGAUGGGCCUCCCAGGAGAGUGGAGGUGUCAGAAUUGGUGGGUGCCCUCCAGAGAGGGGUUGCUACCUCCCAGCGGGCAUGGGAAGAGCACUAGCAAGGGGGGGUCACUCAAAAGUGGACCUCAUUAAAAUAUUUUUCCUAAAACGGAA